UAACUUUUUUUCCGGCUUUUCUUUCCUUUCUUGGUUCGUGCACAGUCUCGCUGGGUCACAAUCCUCUUUGCCUCAGCUGCUCAAGUCACUGGGACUUCAGGCCUGUGCCACUGCACUGGGUUUUUUAGGGUUGGUCAGGAAUUGAACCUGGGCCUCCCAUGUGGCCUCAGUCUGCUGAGUAGCAGCAUCUACUAGCAUGCACUACUACUGUGGCUGGGCAUGUUCAGGCUUUAAAAAGCCUCUCUUAAAUCUAUGCAGAGAAAUAUGCCGCUAGAUUUCCUAAAUCAGGUGUUCCCAGAAAUGACAGCACUGAUCUCUGCCAGCAGCCACGUACCUUUGGUUGUAUAAUGGAAGUAGAUGAGAUUGGGGUGGGGAAUGGAAUAGAGCCCUUGGAAUGUAGCUACUUUAGUAUCUGUUUUCGCAUUUCCAUCAUUUUGUUAGCUCUUAAAGACCCUUAAAGCUUUUUCUCCUGUUAUCAAGAUUUUUUUCUGGUCUCACUCUUCAUAAUUUUGUUACAUUGAUUUUUAUAGACAAGUGGACUAGAUUUAAAAUUUUUAAAAACAUUAAUCUUUUAUCAUUCCCAGCAAGACUGAACUUGUUUUGGGAAUUUCUUUUACUAUAGGCAUUGCAUUUACAAUUAUUAUUGCUUGUUAUGGGGAUUCUGGUGGAGGUGAUAUUAGUACCUAUUUGUUUUUUAUACACCUAUAGGACUAUCUGAGCCAAUGGAUUAGAAACAAUAGUCUUUCUGAACUGUAUAGUAUCUUUUCAUUUGCAUUUUCUGAAAGAAAGGAAAGCUGCUACUGUUACUCAGUGGGACUAUGAUUUUGUUAGAAAGAAAUGACUUGAUGUUAAAUUUGGAAGGCAGAUUGUCGUAAGUGGUUUUUCCCACUGCAUCUUUGGCUUAAUACUCAGUUCAUAAAUAUAUGACUGGAAAGUUCUGUAUAUAUCAAGUUGUAUAAAGUGUUUUCAAAGCAUCUGUAACCAUGCUAUGUUAAGACAUGGUGGUGAGUCCUUUUGUAAAAUGAACCCUGUAUUUCUAGCUGAGUGUGUUUAUUAACAAGGAAACACGGAGUAUAGGAGUAACACAGAUUUUUUAAAAGGUUAAUUACGGAAGGGUUUGUGUCGGUAGAUUUUAAUCCGACUUCUAAAGGCAAAGCUCAGGUACCUAGAGAACUUAGUGGAGUUGGUAAAGUUUGAGGUGGGUGUAAGAGUGACCAGGUAGGUCCCAGGUGUAAUGGUCACUGUGCAGCAGCAGUUGAUCCCUCGUGAAGGCACAAGGGUUUUCUUGUGUACUUCUAAGGUCUCUUCCUGUUCUGGACUAGACUAGAACUAGGCAAUGAGAAUUUGGACUCUGCAGCUUCUUUUGCAAGGAAUGGUGGGAAAGAGGGAGGACUGUUCUCCACUUGGGUAUUCAAAGAGUCAGGGAAAGGAAAGGUUUAGUUAAACCUUCAGCUUUCUUCCUAGCUUUAGCGUUCAUUUCACUGAAGGGUUAUGGAUCUUAUUUCAGAGGAAAGCAUCCUGCUCCGUCCCAAACCAGUUGUGACACAUGGCUCCUAACAAGUGUACCAGUGGGGAGGGCUGUAGUGGUCACACUGGAGAAUGUGAAAGGACUUCCCCUCCCCUGCUUCCAUUUACAGAUGGAUGCUUCCAUUGCUUUGUGUGCUGUUGCAUUUUCUCUUCCCUCUUCGUUUUCCCUCAGCUAAGCUCUAAGCUAAUUCUGUGCAAAAGAAAUACUUAAUGUUUUUGUAAAUUGCUUGCCAUUAAUGCCUGAUACUAUGCAGUAAAGUAGGAUUCUGCAUACCAUUAAAUAUGUGAAAUAAUUACAGACUUUUAAGGUUCUUUUGAAAUUACAAUACUAAACUCAGUUCACUUUUGCUUAGCCUUCACAGUUGUUGAUCACAUAGCAUGGUCAUCCACUCACAGCUUAAAAAAAUACAGGGAGCAUCGGAGAGAAUGGGUUCAAUGUAUCUAUGCCUGCCUACUUCAGUCUGCAAGGGAGUGUCAGAAAGGCCCCGCAUUCGCCGAGCCGAGAUACUACUCGUCAACGAAUCAAAUUCAGUGAUGACAGAGUAUGCAAGAGUCACCUCCUCAACUGUUGCCCCCAUGAUGUCCUUUCUGGAACUAGAAUGGAUCUUGGAGAGUGUCUGAAAGUUCAUGACCUGGCUUUAAGAGCAGAUUAUGAAAUUGCAUCCAAAGAACAAGAUUUUUUCUUUGAACUUGAUGCCAUGGAUCAUCUGCAGUCAUUCAUUGCAGACUGUGAUCGAAGAACUGAAGUAGCCAAGAAGAGAUUAGCAGAAACUCAAGAAGAGAUUAGUGCUGAAGUGGCAGCAAAGGCGGAACGUGUUCACGAGUUAAAUGAAGAAAUUGGUAAAUUGUUGGCCAAGGUGGAACAGCUGGGAGCUGAAGGGAAUGUGGAAGAAUCCCAAAAAGUAAUGGAUGAAGUGGAAAAAGCACGGGCAAAGAAGAGAGAAGCAGAGGAAGUGUAUCGGAAUUCUAUGCCAGCUUCCAGUUUCCAACAGCAGAAACUUCGAGUCUGUGAAGUCUGCUCUGCCUAUUUAGGUCUUCAUGAUAAUGACAGAAGGCUAGCUGAUCAUUUUGGGGGUAAACUGCACCUGGGAUUUAUUGAAAUAAGAGAGAAACUUGAAGAAUUAAAGAGAGUUGUGGCUGAGAAGCAGGAGAAGAGAAACCAGGAGCGUCUGAAACGAAGAGAGGAGCGCGAGAGAGAAGAAAGGGAGAAGCUGAGGAGGUCCCGAUCACAUAGCAAGAAUCCCAAACGAUCCAGGUCCAGAGAGCACCGCCGACACCGGUCCCGCUCCAUGUCACGGGAACGCAAGAGGAGAACUCGAUCCAAAUCUCGGGAGAAACGCCAUCGCCAUCGGUCCCGCUCCAGCAGCCGCAGCCGCAGCCGCAGCCACCAGAGAAGUCGGCACAGUUCUAGAGAUAGGAGCAGAGAGCGGUCCAAGAGGAGAUCCUCAAAAGAGAGAUUCAGAGACCAAGACUUAGCAUCACGUGACAGAGACAGGAGUUCAAGAGACAGAUCACCUCGUGACAGAGAUCGAAAAGAUAAGAAGCGGUCCUAUGAGAGUGCUAAUGGCAGAUCAGAAGACAGGAGGAGCUCUGAAGAGCGUGAAGCAGGGGAGAUCUAAUUAGCUGUGUGCAGCUCUUCAGUCCUUAAGCUUCCUAUGGAGUUCCAUCCUACCGUUUAGUUUACAGCUGUUCAGGGUGACAGUGGGCAGUUCCAGACACCCAUCCAGCUAGGCUAGAGACACAGUAUCUGACUUGAUCUGAACUGAACCUGUUUUCCUUGGUGAAGCUAAAACUACAUCCAUAGUUUCUGGUGAACCUGUAAUACAGUUCAGAGUACCGUUUUAUACAAUAAGAUGCUGAUCUCCUUAUCCUUCAAGUUAGGAGUGCUAGUGAACGAAUUGUGUUACUUGCCUUGGGGUUUUUUGAACAUUUGUAAAAUGCUGUCUUCCUUUCUAGUUCAAACAGCUGCAGCUUUGGGGAUUUUUCUUUUUUAAUUCUUCUUCCUCUGACUUUUGUAUCCCCUAAUACCUGCGCUCUCCAUACCUAUAAGAGAAGGGCGGCAGGGAAGCAAUAUAACUUCUGUUCUAAGGUUCUAUUCCCAUUAUUAAUUAUUAGCUGAUUUACAGUUCAGAGCAUUUAUACUGGAAUGUGUGCUGGAGAUUUAAAAUGCUGGGGUGGGGGGAGGUGGUUUGUUUAAUGGUGCCUAUUUAGAGUUGGAAGUUGAACAGCUGUUGCAUUAUAAACUUUGCUUUUUUAUUGAAAUUUUGAAAUCAAACUUGUCUUGAUUUUUCUGUUCUAUUGGAUUGCUAUGUUCAGGAUGUUCUGAGGGGGGUGGGGGCAGGGACUCUUUCGUAUUAAGCACUUCUUGUUUUAUUUUGUGUGUGUGGAAUAUAAAGCUACACCCUAUUGUAAAAAUAAUAAUAAUAAAAUGAAAAAACAAUCACCAACUACCAUCAUUAGACUGUAACUUGUCUAGUAAGUUGUUCCUUGAACUAUUUGGUGUGGGCAUUUCCUCUGUUCUGUUCCAACAUUAGCAGUGCCUUACUGUGCGAGGCACCAAAGGAGAUAGACAUAGACUUGCCAAGGUCCCAGGUGAAGUGUCGCCCACCCAGGGCCCUCACUAACUCUGUUUCUGGGCUUCAGGGCUGUCUGUACCAACCUUUGUACAAAAGGACUGGACCUACAGAAGAAAUUGUGGGGUUUUUUUUUUGUUUUUUGUUAUUGUUCUCAUUCAGCAAAUCUAAAUAAAAACAGUGUAUGUAACCAGCUUAA